AUGAUUCAACUACUUAUAUUUUUCAUUCAUUUAACUUCUAUAUUAUGUGAUCCUAACAUGGGUGAACUAGAAGGAACUUGGAGUUCAAAAUCAAACACAGUUUUCACAGGUCCAGGAUUUUACGAUCCUGUUGAUGAAUUAUUGAUUGAACCUGAUUUACCUGGAAUUUCUUAUUCUUUUACAAAAGAUGGUCAUUAUGAAGAAGCUUUAUAUAGAAUCACCAGUAAUCCAAUAAAUCAUUCAUGUCCUGUGGCAACCUUAUCAUAUCAACAUGGUACUUAUGAAUUAUUAUCAAAUGGUUCAUUGGUAUUGACUCCUAUAGCUGUUGAUGGUAGACAAUUAUUAAGUGAACCUUGUGGAUCUCAAACUAAAAAUAUGGCUACUAAUUCCUUAUAUUCAAGAUAUGUUCAACCAACAUGGUUCAAGACUUUCCAAGUUUAUGUUGAUGGUUAUCAAGGUCGUUAUACUUUGCAAUUAUUUCAAUUUGAUGGUUCAAAAAUGCAACCUUUAUAUUUAGCUUAUAAACCUCCUUUGAUGUUACCAACUUAUGCUUUAAAUCCUACUGAUAAAGCUUCAGAAACAAGUUCUACAUUAAGAAAAAGAAUUAAAAGAUCGUUAGAGAAUCAAUUCAGAACUACUGCCAUUAAAGACUUCAAUACUUCAAAUUUUGAUUUUUACUAUUAUUUAGGUAUCACCAUAUUAGGUGGUAGUGCUAUAGUUGCAUUCUUCCAUUGA